AUGCUGAAUUCAUGGUACAGAAACGAGUCGGAAUCAAGUAUCUGUUUGAAUGUCUCGGCAUCGGAAUUCGGACCAUCGGCAAUGUACUAUAUACCGCCAUACUCAACGUUUCAUAUAGGCCCUGCAGCCGAUAUUCAAAAUUUUGCUGCACUGAAUGAUGAAACGUUCGAUUUGGUAGUGAUGGAUCCUCCAUGGGAAAAUCUUUCAGUGAAGCGGCAGCAGAGUUAUGUCACUUGCGAUUCAGCAAUCAAUGUAUUGGAUCUAAACUAUUUGGCGUCGAGCGGAUUGGUGACUAUGGAAGGAGCUCCUAUUUGUUCUUUCAACGGAAGCCAUAAGUUGCCGUAUGAAAAGCUAGUGAUUGCCUCACCCUUGGACGCUGUUUCUCAUUAUCCUGCAAUUAUUGCAGCGGAUGGAAAAGUUUUUGCAAGCAUUCCAAUGGCAGUGCCUUCUAGAAAACCUCCCGUCGUACCUAUUCUCAAGCAAUUUGGGUUUCGUCCUAAUUGCAUACCCGUAGCAGCAGCUCAUGGUAAUGCCGACAAUACCACCUUGUCGAGAGCAAAGACACCGUCACUAUUCUACAGUCACUUAGUGGCCCCCGCUAACCUAAAACAUUGUUUUGAGUAUUGCCGUGCUGUUGGAGAAAAAUGUGGUGAUGUUCCCACCGAUGCAUAG